GCUCGUGCGGCGGGAGGAGCUCGAGGUCAAGGCGACGCCGGGCGACUUGCGGGGGCGGCACCGGUACUACCGCCUGCACCGCGCGGCCGCGAAGAAGGCCGUCGAGGACGCGAACCCGGACAUCGCGGGCAAGGAGAAGAACGAUGCGGUCUUGGCGGAGCUCCGGCGGCGCUGGAACACGCUGCUCGACGACGAGAAGAUCGAGCACGUCGUCGCCGCCUGCGAGGCCCAGAACGCGGAGGCGGCGGUCAAGGCGACGCCGGGCGACAAGCGGGGGCGGAACCGGCACCGGAGCAUGCACCGCGCGGCCGCGAAGAAGGCCGUCGAGGACGCGAACCCGGACAUCGCGGGCAAGGAGAAGAACGAUGCCGUCGAGGCGGAGCUCCGGCGGCGCUGGAACGCGCUGCUCGUCGACGAGAAGAUCGAGUUUGUCGUCGCCGCCGGCGAGGCCCAGAACGCGGAGGCGGCGCGCAUGGCGGAGGAGCCCGACGGCGAGCCGGAGCCGAAGCGGAAGCGGCCCGCGCCCGUGCCGCGCUCCGCCGUGCCGCGCUCCGUCGCCGACUUCAAGCUCGUCAAGCCCAACUUCUACAACUUCUUCAUGCAGGAGAACCGCGCGGCCGUCGAGGCGGAGGUCGACGGCGACGCCGCGAACACGGGCAAGACGCACAAGGAGCUCGUCAAGACGAAGCUCGAGGAGAACUUUCGCGCCUUAGACGACUUCGCCAAGGCCCAGUGGCGCAAGGACGCGUCCGUCUUCUACUACUUCUGCGGGAAGAACCUCGAGCGCAUCGUCGAGGACGUCGAGGACGUCGCGAGUGCAGCGACCUGGGAGCGGCUGGUCAAGGAGAAGCUCGCGGAGGCGUGGCGCGCGCUCGACGACGGCGCGAAGGCCGUGUUGGCCCAGGGCGCCGCAGACGCCGCGCCCGUGCCCGCCGAGCCGCGGGCCGCGCCGCUGCCCGCGGCGCCGGUCGACGGCGGCGCUGCGCGCGCGCCGCGCAGCAUCGCGCGCCCGCCGGCCGCGCCGCGGACCACCGAGCCGUGCCUGGGCCGCUUCGUCGUCAGCAUCGGUGGUGGAUACUUAUCCAGCGGCGAUUACUUCGCCCACGACCUCGAGGGCAUCGUCGUCGCCAUCAGAGGAAGGGGUCUCAGGGAGAUCUUGACGGUCGACGGCGCGAGCUUCUCCAAGCGGCCCGCGCAAUUGCGGCAC